AUGACAUUAUCGGCGACAACCGAACCCUGCCUUCAAAUGCUCAGGGACCUCCGUGUUGUUUUGGUGGACAAGCUUGAGUGGCACAUUGAUCCGCUAAUAGAUUUACUAAUUGCUCAAAGGAUCCUAAGUAGAGAUGAUCAAGAAGAGAUCUUGUACGAGAAGGGACCACGUGGAAAGGUCCGCAAAGUGCUUGAUAUACUGGAGGGGAAGGGUGAAGAGGCAGCUAAAAUCUUUCUAUCUGCCAGCAGUCACCUUGGUGAGCCAAACUUUAAGGCUGAAUAUCACAAGAUAAUAGAAAAGCAUAAAGCUGUCCUAAAACGCAGAAGUGAAAGUAUGCUCUACUAUAACACCCGACAUGGAGAAAAGAUCUCGUUUUCUGACCAUUAUGUCAAUUUGUUGAUUGUCCGAGGCCACCACAGUUUGGAGAUCAAGAGGCAUGAGGUACUAACUUUUGGACAGCAACGCAUUUUCCUUCAACAAAAAGCAACAGAGCAGAGACUGAUCAAACCAGCACAGCUGUUUUCUAGUGAAACUGGAAUAAAGCCAAGGAAGAAGAUUCUGGUGACUGGAGUGGCCGGUAUUGGCAAAACAGUCCUGGUCCAAAAAAUCCUUUGUGAUUUUAGCAAUGGAAGGGAGCAUCAGUCCUUUGACUUUAUUAUCCACUUGACUUUCAGAGACUUGAAUCUUGUCAGCAAGCCUGUAAGCCUUCGAGAAUUGAUUCAGCGUAAGAAUGGACAUCUUGCUAAACAUCUGGACACAAUUGCUGAAAAUGACACUAAACUACUAAUCAUACUCGAUGGCUUUGAUGAAUUUAAGCACUACAGAGGUUGUGAUGUGGAUAAUUUUUUAACUGACCUUGAUGAACAGGGGGAGGUGGUUGAAGUGUUCUCCAGCUUAAUGUUAGGUGAACUUCUCCCAGGAGCUUCUGUGCUGGUUACCAGCCGGCCUAUGGCUGUCAGCUACAUACCUGUUGAAACCAUUGACUGUUUUGUCAUCAUCACUGGAUUCUCCACUGUCGAGAUUCGUGACUUCUUCCAGCGUUUCUUCCAGGAUGAAUGCUUGGCUUCUAAGAUGUUUGACAUCGUGGCAGCAAAUGAGCUAAUGCUUACUCUGUGCUACAUACCAGCCUUUUGCCAUAUUGUGUGUAGCAUUCUGAAGGAAAGCAAGGGUCUAUACACGUCCAGCCCUAAGACAAUGACAGACAUUUAUGUGCAGUACCUUCUGGCACUGGUCACAUCACAUGCAAAAAAUCGGGUUGACUCAUUUAACGAUGGAUGUAGCAUGAAGCAUCAAGAACAACUACAAGAAAUCCUAAUAAAGCUUGGAAGACUGGCAUAUAAAAAACUAAUAAGUCAAGAAACUCUGUUUUAUAGUGCCACUGAUGAAAUAGUUAACAGUGGCAUUGUGAGCGCCUUUCUAGACAAGAUGUCCGUUCAGGAGCCAGGCUGCACAGAAGACGUUUAUUCCUUCACACAUCUCACAAUUCAGGAAUUUUUUGCCGCACUUUAUUGCGCCAUGGUAGAUGCACCCUUGUCAGAGUUAUUAGGUUCUGGUACCGAAUAUAGCAUCACAAGUAUGCCAGGUAACAUGGAUCUGUUUACCAGAUUUCUUUCCGGCCUCCUCUCAGAUAGGAACCAAACAUUGCUUUCAAGGAACAUUGGGUUUAAAAAGCAGGAGGAUAAAAUGCAGUCCUUCCGGCAGAGGCUUGUAUCCGAUACUCAAACGGUAUGCAGCAAUGGAGCUUACAUCCUGACACACUUGCACUGUGUUUUAGAGCAACAGAAUGCUCUACUGUUUAAAGAUUUCACCUUACAAAGUCUGCGCAUCAAUCUGAGUGAUGUCACACUCUCUACUAUGGACUACAAUGCUGUCAAAUACUUCCUCAAUGGAAUCCAGCUGACUAUAUCAGAACUGGACUUGACUGGAACAAACAUCAGUGCUGAAGCUCUUAGAGAUCUACAGCCAUACCUUCUCCGGUGUGAAAAGAUAUGGCUGGGUGAAAAUAGUUUGGACAUGGAAGAAAUUAAGGUCAUUGCUAAUGUAGUGGAAGAAUCUGACAUGUUAAGAGAACUUGGUUUAGGAUGGACAGACAUUGGGGACGAGGAACUCUUCCUGCUAACGGAAGCCAUUAAAAUCAAACAAACCUUAACGGAUCUCUGGAUGGAAGGAAACAAUAUAACGUUUGAAGGCCUGUCACCAUUAAGUGUCUUGACACCAUUUCCUCUGGAGAGAGUCGUUGCCAUUUGGAACAAUGUAAGUGAUGAAGAAGUAAAGCAUCUUAACCAGCUCUGUCCCAAUCAGUGCUUCACGGCGUCUUUCACAGAAAAUAGAAUGUGGGAGGAAUGGGCUAAAUGGGUUUUUCAAAGAUGUGAGGUCAGUAGCAGUGAGAAGCUGGUGACCAUCCUGCACAAAGUAUGUGACAUAUCUGUUUCCACUCUGGAAAGCCCCUGGGCCAAGACCUUCUAUUGUAGCCUGACACAACUGGUAAAGGCUCGAAUCGAGCAAUGUUUAGACGAGGAUGUACGACGGAAACUGGAAAAAUUUGAGGCACUUCUAACUGUAUAGUAAUUAUUUUACUCAUGAGAUUAAGCAGUUCCUCACUAUUUUGUAAACAAGAAAAGAGUGUAGAGCUGUUUUAUGUCCUUGGAUUACACAGGAGUCAUGGUGCUGGUUUAGUGAUGGUACUGCACAGCAGAGGUCUGCUUUAAGCAGAUUUUCAGCCUCUGCCUGCUC